AUGGAUUGGAGCGUAAUUCUCCUCCUGUUUGGAGCUGGUCCUUUGCUGGUUUUCGUGAUCAGCGCGAUUCGAAGGGUCUUCUUUUCACCACUGUCCAAAUUUCCAGGGCCCAAAUUUGCAGCGUUGACGUUGUGGAAUGAGUUUUACUGGGACGUGGUUAAGCGAGGGACCUUCAUCUGGCGCAUCGAGGACAUGCACAAGAAAUACGGGCCCAUUGUCAGAAUCAACCCAUAUGAGCUGCACAUCAUUGAUCCUGAGUUCUACGAUGAACUCUACUCAUCUAACAGGAAGUCCGACAAGUAUCGGUGGUGGACCAAUCUCGCCGGCGCGGACGGCAGCUCGUUCUCGACUGUGCCGCAUGAUCUGCACCGGCUGCGCCGCGGGGCUCUGAAUCCAUUCUUCUCGGUCCGCUCCGUGACCCAACUGGAGCCGCUGAUCCGGUCCAAGGUGGAGAAGCUCUCGGCGAGGUUUGGCGAGAUCGCGCAGACGGGCGAAGUGGUCCGUCUUGAUGCCGCGUUCAUGGCGCUGACGAUGGACAUCAUAUGCGAUUACGCCUUUGCUAAUGAUCGGAAGUAUCUGGAUGAACCUGACUUCAAAAUGAUAUGGAAAGAGACCAUCAUCGGGGCGUUUGAAGGCGGGGCUGUCGGUCGCCAAUUUCCCUGGAUGUUGCCGGUCAUGAAAAGACUGCCCUUGUCAGUUGUUUCUGCGAUGAACCCAUCAGUUGGCCAUCUACUUCGCUGGCAAGCGGGUGUUAAACAACAAGUUGAGCCAAUCUUAGACGGAAAGGACAGCCAGCCUGGGGCUGCUUCGAGAACCAUCUUUCAUAUGCUGCGCGACAGCGACUUGCCCCCAGAAGAGAAGACCUUGCAGAGGUUGUGCGACGAGGCGGAGAUUUUGACUGGCGCAGGGUCUGAGACAACAGCCCAAACCCUUACUCGAAUCCUCUUUUAUCUGAAGUAUGUGCCCGAUACACUGAAAAGGCUACGAGAAGAAAUUGAUGCGGCGAUGCCAAGAGCCACGGAGAUUCUGUGUUGGGCUGACUUACAGAAGCUCCAUUAUCUGAACUCCGUCAUUCGUGAAGGACUUCGACUUUCAUAUGGAGUUACGACUCGUCUACCACGCAUCGCCCACCACGACAUCCAGUAUGGUGAACAUGUCAUUCCGGCAGGGACACCCGUAUCAGAAACCCCAUACUUCGUCUUGAUGCACCCGACAAUUUUCCCGGAGCCUCAGACUUUUAAGCCCGAGAGGUGGUUGGAAGCGGAGAAACGGGGCAAGAGGCUAGACAAGUACCUCGUAUCAUUCGGAAAAGGUAGUCGGCAGUGUCUUGGCAUGAAUCUUGCCUAUGCUGAGUUGUAUCUGGCCACGGCGACGGUCAUUCGCAGAUUCGACUGGGAAAUGUUUGAAACAACACUCGACGACGUUGUUUGUAAACACGACUUCUUCGUCGCAGUCGGGGACCUCGACACCAAGGGUGUGCGAGCGACCCUUUCACACCGACAAACCCACAAAGAAGCAUGA